CGCGCCCCGCCUGCUUCCGCCUUCCGGCGGGUCCUGGACUCUGCCCUGCGCGCAUGUGCCCGGUCCGUCAUGGCUCCGCUCCGUUUCUCGGCCAACGUGUCGUGGCUGUUCCCCGAGCUCCCCGGGCUACCCGCGCGGCUCCGGGCGGCCGGCAGCUCGGGCUUCGAGGCCGCCGAGGUGGCCUGGCCGUACACGGAGCCGUCCGAGGCACUGGCGCGCGCGGCGCGGGAAGCGGGGCUGCGGCUGGUGCUGAUCAACACGCCCCCUGGAGACCGGGAGAAAGGGGAAAUGGGACUGGGGGCCGUUCCCGGGAGGCAAGCAGCCUUCCGAGAGGGGCUGGAACAGGCAGUGCUGUACGCCAAGGCUCUGGGCUGUCCCAGGAUUCACCUGAUGGCUGGCCGAGUGCCCCAGGGAGCUGACCGAGCAGCAGUCAGGAGUGAAAUGGAGACCGUUUUUCUGGAGAACCUGAGGCACGCAGCUGGAGUUUUGGCUCAGGAGAGCCUCGUGGGACUGCUGGAGCCCAUCAACACCCGUAUCACCGACCCCCAGUACUUCCUGGACACCCCUCAGCAGGCGGCAGCCAUCUUACAGAAGGUCGGAAGACCCAACCUCCAGUUACAGAUGGACCUAUUCCACUGGCAGAUCAUGGACGGGAACCUGACAGGGAAUAUACGGGAGUUCCUGCCCCUCGUUGGGCAUGUGCAGGUGGCACAGGUCCCAGGCCGGGGGGAGCCUGACAGCCCCGGCGAGCUGAACUUCCCCUAUCUGUUCCAACUGCUGGAGGAUGAAGGCUAUGAGGGCUUUGUGGGCUGCGAGUACCGGCCUCAAGGAGACACAGCAGAGGGCUUGAGUUGGCUUCGUGCAUACUGGGACAGGCGGGGCCACCCUCAGGCUGGCCAGUGAGGGCCCGCCCUGCACCCCCCGUGCUUCUGGGGGACAGAGCCCAGGGCGGCCUGCAUCUCCUGCAUUAAAGACCACCUGCCGAACAUU